AUGAUCACACCGAGGCAUCGAUGCCUUCGAAGGCAUGUGUUCACAGCGAUGCCCUGCAUCGGAUUGCGGCUCCGUGUUCUGAAGGUGCAGGCGCCUGCUCGAUUGCAGCGGCGAGCUUAUGAUGAUGGCAUGCGGCCGUUGCGAGUUGCUGAAAUGCGCUUGUUUGUUUUUCCCCCGCACGUUGUAGGCAACGAGUUGACCAUUUCGCAACAUGCCGGACACUCGGCCAGCUCACGCGUGCUGGCGAUGCCGCGCGAGUGUCCCGUUGAGCGCGUCGGCUCCGAGAGUGGGGCUUGGUCUGCUUGGAAACUGACGCAG